AUGGACGGGUGGACAGCUUCGUGCCGCCAUUACGUUGCUCUGUUUGCGGUGUACCGGGAUUCGACCUGUGGGGCUGAUGCAGACGAGCGUCGCUGCAAAAGUCGUCGCUACAUCCUGCUUGCCUUUUGUCCACUCGACGACGAGUCUGACAUGGGUUCACAGGCCCACUAUGACUUCAUUGCGGACACUCUUUCCGUUUAUGAAUGUUCGUGGUCUCGAGUGUCAUUCCUGGUGGGUGAUAAUUGCUCAACGAAUCAAUGUAUCGGCCGGAAAGAAGGGGCCCUCCCGUUAAUCGGCUGUGCAAGUCAUAGAUUUAAUUUAGCGGUGAGGGCCUUCUUGGAGGCGCACGAGACGAUGGUCGAGAAGGUGCACAAGUUCAUGAAGAAGCUGGCAACCGUGAAGGGCAGGGCGGUUCUGAAGAAGAUUAGCAAGUUGCACCCCAAGCUCAACAACGUUACGCGCUGGUCGAGCACGUAUGAGAUGCUGGAGCGCUUUGUGGCGCUGCACCCCCACGUGAAGAUGCUGGAGUUCAAGUACCUGGAGAAGAUUCGGAUCGUGGACCUGCUCUUCAUCCCGCACGAGUUCGCGCAGGCUGAAGAGCUGCUAGCCCAGCUUGCCAACUUGGAGGAGGCCACCCAAGAGCUGCAGAAGGAGGAGUUGACACUCGCAGCCGCGCGAGAUCUCUUCGAUCUCGCUAUCAAGCGCUACCCCGCUGCGUACAAGAGGCGCAAGACUACGAAGAAGAAUGCUUCGUACGUCGACGUCUCGUACAUACCGCCAACGUCAAACGUUUGCGAGCGGUUUUUCUCCUCUGCAAAACUCGUGUACUCGGACUUGAGGAAGAAGAUGGACUACGAAACGCUCGAGGACGUCAUGAUGCUCAAGUACAACGACGCGCUGUGGAAUACAUACACAGUGCAGAGUAUUUGUGCACGUCACCCUGCUACUUGCAGUACCAUGGAUUAA